UUUGUAGAAUGAAAAAUGAAGCUGGAAGGUCAACCUUGUACUACAUCCGGUUUACCAGGGGUCGUGUAGAAGGAUUCCACACUGCAGGAGUUGCAAUGUUGAUACGAAGAGUAUUACAGUUGGGCGUCUCUGUUGCGAAAGGAAGUCGGCCUAUUCACCACAGUGCGCCAUGGAGAAGUCCACUCAUACCCAUUGUAGUGGAACAGACGGGCCGAGGAGAGCGUGCCUAUGACAUCUACUCCCGCCUCUUGAGAGAGAGAAUCAUCUGUGUGAUGGGUCCUAUUGAUGACUCUGUAGCCAGCCUCGUCAUUGCCCAGCUGCUGUUUCUUCAGUCAGAGAGCAACAACAAACCCAUACACAUGUACAUCAACAGCCCGGGUGGUGUGGUGACGGCAGGCCUGGCCAUCUAUGACACCAUGCAGUACAUCCUGAACCCCAUCUCCACCUGGUGCGUGGGCCAGGCUGCCAGCAUGGGCAGCCUCCUCCUGGCAGCAGGCACCGCCGGCAUGAGGCACUCGCUACCCAACGCCCGCAUCAUGGUGCACCAGCCCUCAGGAGGGGCACGGGGUCAAGCAACAGAUAUCGCUAUCCAGGCAGAAGAGAUCCUGAAACUGAAGAGACAGAUCAACAAUAUUUACAGCAAACACACAGGACAGCCACUGGAAACGAUAGAGGGUGUGAUGGAGAGAGACCGCUACAUGAGCCCCAUGGAGGCUCAGGAUUUCGGCAUCAUCGACCGGGUCCUGGUGCACCCGCCUCAGGCCGGACAGGACGAGCCAGAGCUGGUGCAGAAGGACCAGAGCACGCCACCCAGUUCACCCACCGCCACCGACACGCCCGCGCCGGAACCAGGCUCGCCUGGAGCCAACCCCCCCUCCUCCUACAAACCGGAGCCCUGAAAGGGAGAGAUCUAGACUGUAGUUCCACCCAGUAAUGGGCAACCUGGAUUCAUUAGUUAUACAGUCCAGUGCAGCAUAUUCCAAAUGACCCGGUUCUACCUGUCCACUUCAACCAGGUGAUUGCGCUGCUGUUUAAGGGCUAUCACCUGGCGGAACUCGACAGGUAAAACCAGAUCAUUUGAGAUAUGUGGCACUGGAUUGUGGUAACUGAUGAAUUCAGGUUCCCCAUCAACAGUCCUACCUUAACAGGUCCAACAGCCUCCCGCUGUGUAACUCAGUGAUGGGCAAUGUAGAUUCCUUAGUUUUACACUCCAGUGCCACAUAUUUUAAAUGGCCUGGUUUUACCGGUUCAAUUCCACCAGGCGAUCAUUGAACCAUGCAUGCACCCAGUUGAAUUGAGCAGGUAACCACAGGUCAUUUGGAAUAUGUGGCACUGGACACAUUAAACAAACUAAUCCGCAUUGCCCAUCACUAAUAAGGGUAUAUGGAAGUGGGGGAGGAGGGCACCUGUAGUUCUUUAUGGCCACAUCUUAACACCCUGUUUUUUUUUUUCUGGUGGUGUCACGACUCCCUAUACUUUUGGACAGAAGACAAACCAUGGUCAUGAAUAUGUGUAUGUUGUCUUGAUCUGAAGGCAGCAGAAAUGUGUCUUAUGUCCUAAUCUCAGCAAUGCAUUUUGCAUUUGAAAUUAUUAGGUUUAAUUUUAAUAAAAAAAACACGUUUAUAAUAAUAAAGAUGUGAAAUAUG